UGCAUGUGGCGCGAUGUAGACGAUGUGGAUACCGUAGGCUAAAAUAAUUUGACAGCCCGAGAGCUGAAGACAACUUUUUCGCAGAGUGGAGUAAUUUUCAAACAAGCAUCAUGUUUCCUUCAGAAACAAGCUGCUGGUUUAUCCGCAAGGUUAUUUGGUGGAGAGCUGCUGCCAGCAUUGCCUGGUCUGUCCUGUUGUUGCCGCCCACCACAGCAGUUUUUGUAUUUGUCAGCAAGUUCAGUUUUCUGCACCCCAUUCAGACUAUUUCAGAAUGCCUGUCUCUGCUGAUGAGUUCCUGUUUGAUUUUCUCCUUCAUCCUGCUUGGUGGAGUGGUCACCAUGGUUGGGUUCUUGAAUUUAGAGUACUAUACAGUUAUCCCGACUAUUGCCUGCUCUAAAAUCGCUUUGCUGGGUCAGCUGCUUCACCCUCGCCAGGUUAUCAACUCCUUUGCCCACUGCCUGAUGGGAGUGAUUGUAGGUUGGUGUUGUGCAGUCACUGUUGGUAGCAGAUAUGAGACACUCGGGUGCCCGUGUAAAAGUAGCGAUGGAGUUCCUCAGAUGGGGCUCAAUGAGUACCACCUGGUCUUUUUGCUGGCGGGAGCAUUUGUCGGCUUCUCUCACAGCCUCCUGGGAGUUAUCCAUAACAUAAAUUAUGUCUCCUUCACUGCUGUUCAGCAAUACAAAUAUCUCCACUUCAAAGGGUCCCUGCCCUUAGUGCUGAAGUGCAGCGCCAUUCAAGCAUUUUACUCUAUCAGGAACUUCACUGUUGCUUAUUUCUUUCUGGGUUAUAUCCCAAAAACAUGGAUCUGCAAAACUCUGAAUCUUCAUUUGGACAGCUCUGUCCAUCGUCUGGACAGCAUAACUGGAUUUGUGGACCUGUCCCUCCUCUACCACCUCUGGAUCAGCGCCACCUUCCUCCUCUUCACCUGGUACACCACAUUGCUGCUCUUUAGGAUCUUUGUCACAGAGGUGUACAGUUUUCCUGUGCAACCAACUUUUACUGAAGAUUCCCGCCAGUGUCUUCCCAGAGUUCUCACUGACCAACAACCAAUGAUCUUGAAGUUCCUAGCCCUGCAGGACUUGGCUCUGCUGUCCAAACAUUCUCCAUCCAGGCGCAGUGAAGUCUUCAGUCUCAGCCAGCCAGGCGGGCAUCCUCAUAACUGGAACGCUGUCAGUAGAGAGUGUCUGGCUCUGCUGGCCGAUCUGACGCAGAGACUUGUGGCUUAUCAUGAAACCGUAGCAACCAACGGGAGGGCCAAAUCUCUGUCCAGUGGCAGUGAAAGGAAGACGUCAUCUGACACAUCAUUUUCCUCUGGUACAGAAGACCUGAUGAGUCCAAGACCAACUUUCCUAACCAAGACUCCCACUUCGGUUUUCGCCCGCUCUUUUGCCGGAGGUCCACACAGCCCUCUGACGGCACCGUUCACGCCCGACCUGGACAGCCCCUUUUCCUCCCCCACCUUGCGGCGGCUCACCGGUCCGGUGGAUCAGUGCUCGCCUUGGCACGGCUCAGUGCAGAGCCCGCACAUCAUGAGGCGGGCGCCCAAACUCUGGUCCACCUCCGCAGAGUCACAGGUCAGCAGCAGCCCACCACGCUCUCCAGCCUCGGUUCCCAGCCCCAAACAGGAACCCACCAAACCAAGUUUCCUGGCCCAGUUCCUUCAAAACAGAAAAGAACAGGUUAAAAAUUUCAUGGCAAAGCGGGUGCUGAUAAUGUAUUUGUUUAACAAGCUUCCAGAAGCCUCUAGUCAGGCCCUCUUCGCCGACAGCCAGGCUCACAUCUGGGCGUUAGAAGCGCUGUCAUACCUGGUUCAGGCCUCCUUCACAGAGGACCAGUUUGGGGUUGUUCAGACUACAUUACCCAGCAUUCUCAGCUCCAUGCUCCACUUACAAGAGGCUGUAGAUCGACACUUUAAGCUGCCUCAUGCUUCCAGUAAGCCGGUCAGGUCCGCCAACAGCAUGGAGGACUUUACCUACAAAACACUGCGCUUUGCUCUCAGAGCCACGCUCAAGACUGCCAUUUACAGGAUAACCACCACCUUCGGAAGUCAUUUAAACGCUGUCCAGAUGUCUGCAGAGCACCGAAAAAGACUGCAGCAGUUUCUGGAGUUCAAAGAAUAAGACUGCUCUGGUUUCUGCUGCUCAUGUUUGAUGUUGUGCAGAUUUUUGCUUGUUUGAACACAGACUUAAAAGAAAUGAGUGAAAGCCUGAUGGUGCCUCCUGGAGUAUUUUCUCAGCAAAGUUACAGAAUGUUUUAGACGUCUGAUCCCGACUUCUACAUGCAGGAGAAGCAAACAAGCUUCAAACUGUAAACGAUGGACUACAAAAACCUUUGUACACUCGGGUCCUUCAACAAAAGGAUUGCUGGUGAAGAAAAAAAAAAAAAAAGAUUGGUUUUGAUAUGCAACAGCCUGUCUUUGCCAAAGUUCUUUCUGUGUUCAUCUUUCAGUAAUCCAGUUUCUUCUUGGUGCAAGUGAAACUGCCACGAUUAACAGAACCAGUUUUGAAGUUAAAUGUCUAGUUGUUUAAAACCUGUUUAGUUCUGAUUUUGGAGUUUCCUUCCAGUUUUUUUUUUUUUUUACAUCUUCUCAGUUAACAGAUCAGAUCUCUGGGUUUAAACAUGUUUAAUGUGUGUGUGUGUGUGUGUGUAUCAGGAUUUUUGCUUGAUGAGGAUGUCCUGUCGGAUGAGUCACAUAUUUGAUGCCGCUCUUUGAGUAAAUGUUUGCCACUCCUAUUAUGAGUUUGAUUUUCCACUCAGACUUGAAUAAAAAAAUGAAAAACUAAGA